UGGCGGCCGGCGAGACCCGGGCCGCGCGCGGGCUGCGGGGCGGGGAGGGCGGUCCGCAGGGCAGCGGCCGGGCCCGCGUGUGCACCGUCGCUCGCUCGCGACCCCCGCGCCCGCUACCGCCGGCCUUGCUGGGCGCAGAGCCAUGGUGGGCCGGCUGAGCCUGCAGGAUGUCCCCGAGCUCGUGGACACGAAGAAGAAGGGAGACGGCGUCCUGGACAGCCCGGACUCGGGGUUGCCCCCCAGCCCCAGCCCCAGCCACUGGGGGCUCGCGGCGGCCGGGGGCAGCGCGGGUGGCGGCGGGGAGCGCGCUCCGCCUCCCGGCGCGCUGGAGCCCUACGCGGCGGCGACCCCCGCGGCCCCGAAGAACCCAGCAUUGCUCCCCAAUGCCCUGUCUGCUGGCUGCUCACCGAGGCUUUGCCCCCUGUCCUUCGGAGAAGGAGUGGAGUUUGACCCCUUACCACCAAAGGAAGUAAGGUACACCUCCUCGGUCAAGUACGACUCCGAGCGCCACUUCAUUGACGAUGUGCAGCUGCCCCUGGGCCUGUCGGUGACCUCCUGCAGCCAGACGGUCAUCUGCAUCCCCGACUGCACGUGGCGCAGCUACAAGGCUGAGGUGCGCUUCGAGCCCCGCCACAAGCCCGCGCGCUUCCUCAGCACCACCAUCGUCUACCCCAAGUACCCCAAGACCGUCUACACCACCACCCUGGAUUACAACUGCCACAAGAAGAGGAGGAGGUUUCUGUCCAGCGUGGAGCUCGAGGCCACCGAGUGCCUGGGCAGCGACGGCCUCUCGGAUGAAUGCUGACUUGCGCAGGCUGGUUGGGCUUGGACCAGCCGUUGGCUCUCCAUCCUGGUCCACAGACGACCUGUGUAGACCUCAAAUGUCAUCCCAGCCCUAGAGGAGAUAUCGCCGAGCCCAGUUUGGGGAAGAAGAAAAAAAAAAAUCACCACAUCUUGUAAUUACUGAGAUACUUUUGUUUUUAAAUUUUCAAAUUAUCCUCGAGAGGAGUCUAUUUCCUGGUUUGCUGCUGCGUUUCUGCAAGGUCUCCAUAGGAAGAGAAAAUAAAAAGAUGACUACAGCAAAAAGAGAAUGACAGAGGGACCCGGGAGUGGCAGUGGAGGUGAGCGCUCCUCCCGCUGUCCUGGAUGUGAAGGAUGGGUAGAACAGUCCCUGCCACGGGAAAAGUGGGCUGUAAAAAGUCUCAGUCACAGAAGUCUUCAUGCUACAAGAGUGUUCACUGUGCAGUGACUUGUGUCACCCAGAUGUGUUCAAUCUGUGGAGAGUUGAGUUCCAUUCCAUUCUUAUUUUUACUUCCAUUUGUACUUCCUGUAACUAAAACUCUUGGAAUUCCCUAGAUCUUUUUCAUGAUAGCAAAAAACUCCAAACCAUAAUGCAAGAUGCCUUUGGGGGUCGGGGGAAGCUCCCCGUGUCGCUGCCUACUUCGGAUGGCCAGGUGGACCGAUGGCUGCUUGGGAGCAGUGGCUUCCAUCCCAUCCCCAGCGGCCGGGCUCCAGGCGCGGACUCUGGCUUGGUCCUUGCACACUUGGCGUCUGAUUAACAUCUCUGUAGCCUGUGUAAUUCUCUCAGUAGGUAUUGUGAGCUUUCAAAGUAUUUUCCACCUUUGUCAUGAGGCAGAACGUAACGGUGGGCUCUUUUGAAAGAAACAGUGUUUUAAAAGAAUGCUUUGGAGAAAUACUUUCUGGGGCUCUUUAUCAGGGAGGCUUCCACUCUGGACGGCCACACCUGUGUCCCAUUGCCUUUGGGAAGAGCUGAAGGUAGAUGCUUCUGGUGUCCCAGUCAUCGUGAUUAAGUAUCUGGAUGGACUUGUUUUUAGUACUUCGGCGUUGUUGAAAUUAUAGGAGAAUUGGGUCUAAUCCAGCGGGCCAAAAAACCCAAGCAUUCUUGUCCCUGCCCCCCAGGUUAAGCCGAGUUCAGGACAGAAAACGGUGGCUCAGUUCAGCUGCCACACUUGGCCAUUAGAGCAGUGGUGGACAUUUCUUUUCGGCCACUGUCCCUGUGGAAGUGACCGUUGUGCAGCCAGAUGUGAACAGAAGAUGUCACUGAGGCAGCUGUGAGCGCAGCUGAGCUGGCGGCGGCGGCGGCAGUAGAGACUCCACUGCUGGGCAGGUGUGGACCAGGCUGCUCCCCGCUCACUGUCUGCCCCAGCCCCGGUCCUUGCUUCUUAGCACCUCCUGCCAAUCCCUGUGGUGCCUGAGUAAAGAAAGUGGCAAGUAGACUUCUUUCAAUAUUUCCUUUGAAGACAUCCACAUGAUGUCAGGCGAUCCUGGGUUACAGAGUGUGGGAAGUCCAGCCUCCUGCUUUAUCUCCAGGUUUCUGUGGAUGGUUCCACCUGUCCUGAAAUCAGAAGGGAAAGCUCUCUGGGUUCCCUGGAGCCAUAGCAGGAGUUUUUGUGAGGCUGAAAGCAAGUGUGAUCCUAAUCACGCUCCUGUAGGGUCACGGGGGACCUGGAGAGACGCGUUGUCUGGUCCUUCUACAGACAGCAGCACUGUGUUCCCAGGGGACAGGAGGCAUCUCUUUCAGUGCAGGUGGUUUGCCAGGGUGCAUCUCAGUAGGCAGCCAGCAAGGGGGCCGCCCUGGGACCCUGUCAUCUCCUGGGUCAUGAGCAGAACGACAAGUACUGGCUGCCAUUGGAAGAGUGAAUUGUACAGAUAUAUUAGUAAAUGCAGAUGCUUCUAAUUGAUUUCGUGAUAUUGUUAUUAAGUGGUAAGAGUCAUUUUUAAAUUACAUCGGGAGAAUUCCAGAAGCAUGGCUCUGCCCCCGUGGAGAGGCGCACCUGGGUGGGCUCAGGACACCACUGUGGGCAGUGUGGCAGGAGGAGAAUGUGAUGUCCCAGCACAGCAGCAUUCGAGAUGUCCGUGGGAGUUUGGGGGCUGUUAUUUGUUUUAUUUUGAAUUUUUGUCUUAGACGGCUUAUGUUAAAGUUCAGGCAAAUCAUUGUAGGUAUGGAAAAAACCUAAGCUCUUUUCUCAGUAAAGUAAGUGGAAAUGGGUGAUGGCGAAUGUGUCUGCAAAUAGAAAAGCAGGUUUUACUCUGUUAAGUUAUGCACUAGGGAGCCAGCCGCAGUCCUCUCGGGUCCUCUCUUUUCCUUCAAACAUAGCUUGGCUGAAAGUCGCAGAAGUGGAAGGUGUGGAGAUGGAAUGGAACUCUCCUGUGAGGGUCAGAUGUUGCCAGCCGAUAGCGAGUUCUUGUAGUUUACAGGGUGGAAGUGGUGAAUAUGAAAACUCACUGACCCCAAACGAACAUUCCCAUGUAUGCAUGACAUACAGUUUGUUAACUAAAAAGGUUUUUUCCUCUGUCUCUUAAAUUAUGCCUUUUGUGUAAUAAAGAUGAUUUGUAUUUUCAGAGAAAAAUUGUUUCCUUUCAAAUCAUGGACUUCGACAAAGACUUAAUUUGAAUGAAUAUCUUUUCCUUUGACAUUCUUCUUGUUUUUAAUCUUAGGAAACCCAAAAGGGUAUUGGAAAAAACUGUUUUAUUGUCUUUUACCUCUGUCCUGUUCCAUUUUGCUUUGUGACUUCUCAUUUAACAAUAAAUUAUCUAAAAAAACUGA